GAACUCAUAGUGGCCAUUUUUGUCUCCAUCUCCCGGUGUUUCCGGCCUUUUUGUUGGUGUUUAUGUUUCAUUUUUCAGCCCAUCGCCGUGGAAACGGAAGCAUUAAUCGCCGUGGUCGUGGAGAUUGUUUUUUUCUCAUUCCUCAAUGGAAGACAUUUUCCUUCUCGCUGCGAACCGAGGAGCGAGACACGUUUCGCAGCUGCUCGGCAUCACCGUCCCCAUCAGCGAGCGAGACACUGAUUUAGAAAUGAAGGUUUGAAACGGGCGGAAGGCCGCUCUGAUUUUCAGGACCCGGGACAGCUCCGACGGCGAGGUCGAAGCCUGGUUUCUACAUGGAUUCGACGAGAAGAAUCGAUUAAUCAGAAGGUUGGACGUGCUUCAGAAGCAAGGAACUUUGCUUCUUCCAAAGCUCUUUCUUUCCCUACCGCUCCCUCUUAGCAAACCCUCCCUGAGCAUCAUGGGUACAGUUUUGUCACUAUCCCCCAGCUACCGCAAGGCAGUACUGUUUGAAGACAGCUCAGCCACGGUUGGCCACUACACAGCCGUCCAGAACAGUAAGAAUGCAAAGGAUGCUGCAGCUGCAGCUGCAAAGUCCCUCAAACGCCCCUCCAUCAUUAGCGUUUUGCCCUGGAAACGCAUUGUGGCCGUAUCAGCAAAGAGGAAGGGCUCCAAGAAGCUUCCAUCAGAUGGUGGGGAUGGAGGGAAGGGAAGUUCUCCGGAUGACCACACUGCUGCUUCCGCUAACUCAGCCUCCAACAGCCUGAGGUUGAAGAAGUCUCAGUCCUGUGCUAAUGUUUCAUCUUACUCAUCCAGCCAGGAACCCUCAGCCACCACCACCACUACCACUACCUCCUCCCACCUGCCAACUUCUAAGACCUUGGCCAGCGUAGUUUCAGUUGCUGCCAAAAAGAACUCCCUCACAGGCUCCGGCAUCCAGUCCUCCACUGCCGCUGGCACACCAAAACGAGUCAUCGUCCAGGCCUCCACUAGCGAACUGAUGCGCAGCCUCGGUGAAUUCUUGUGCCGUCGGUGUUACCGACUGAAGCGUUUAUCACCGACUGAUCCAGUGCUGUGGCUGCGCAGUGUAGAUCGUUCCCUCCUACUACAGGGCUGGCAGGAUCAGGGCUUCAUCACUCCGGCCAACGUGGUCUUCCUCUACAUGCUGUGCCGCGAUGUGGUGUCCGCCGAGGUUGCCUCAGAGCGCGAGCUGCAGGCCUCGCUGCUCACCUGCCUCUACCUGUCCUACUCCUACAUGGGCAAUGAGAUAUCCUAUCCGCUGAAGCCCUUCCUGGUUGAGGCGGAGAAGGAUGCCUUCUGGGACCGUUGUCUGGAGAUCAUCAACCGCAUGAGUGGAAAAAUGCUCCAAAUCAACACUGACCCCCACUUCUUUACCCAGGUGUUUGCUGAUCUAAAAAAUGAGAGCAAGAAAGAGGAGGAGAAGACCAAACUCCUCAUAGGCCUUGAUCGAUAAGUUGGGCUCAGGAGCGGAGAAGGAGAAAAGAGAGAGAGAGAGAGAGAGAGAGAGAGAGAGAGUAAUGGAGUUAAUACAUUUAGAAUGAAUGUAAUGACGUGUAGCACUACUUUGGAGCAAAAAGUGGUGGUGUCUGGUAUUUCUAACCAAGUUGCCAACAUACUGUAAAACAGAACAAAGAGCAUGUAAGAUAAACACAGCAUUUUGAUUUUGGUGAUGAAGCACCUGGAAACCAAAAAA